AUGAAGGCAGACAGACACCGGCACCUGCGGGAAAGCCCACUCGACCUGAAGACUGCAAUGAUGGUGGAUCCCCUACCGAGAUCCUAUCUGCGUGCGAGAACGCAGCUGAGUCCGAGGACGAACGCGAGCACAGUCAAGAAUUGGAACAUAUCCAGCCCAAGGAUGUACCUGAAAACAUCCCAACACCCACGUCUGAAGAGCAGUGGGAGCCCAAGGGCGACCCUGGGCGAGAGGACGACUAGAGGCCUCCACUUGGGACUACGACGGAGGUCGUGUUGCAGUCCAAGCAUGGACUCCAGCAACCUGCAAAGACCUCCCGGUGGGGUUGUAACCAUCCUACGGGUAUCAGGGAACUGGAACAAGAACAGGCUGGGAAGAAGUUCCGUAGUGAUGACGUCGAAACAGAUCAACUUCUCGAAGAAUUUGUCGAUCCGCUUUAUUUCACAAGAGAUAUGGCAGGCGAGGGCAGGACAUCUCACGACUUACCUGGCCAAUGCUGCCGUCUCCGAGCGCUUCCAUCCCGAAUCGACCAGCCGCCGUGAACGAGGCCGUAUCCUCUCGGAGCACUUCAAAGCGAUCGGUAGCAGCCGUGCUAGAAACCCGGGAUUCCCCCUCCCAAGCUUUUGCCGAUGGCACGCAGACCAAGUGCAGCUAGACAUGCAGACCUCAGGGGAGUCCUUAAAAACAGCUACAAUCACAGUCACGGCGAGGAUUCUCGAUGCAAACGAAUCAUUAAGAGAUCAGCGCCGUAGGUCCGUCAAUACACAUCUUGCACGUGGGAGGAAGUGGUCCAGACUAGUGGACGAACUUAGUUUCGGCAUCCUCUUCCGACAUACAUGGGCGCUUGCGAAGGCAGACAACUCAUCGCUCCAGCAAUUAGUCUCCUCUCUGCAGAACUCCACUGUGAAGAUGUCGAUACUUCGCCAUCUAGAAGCACAAUUGGAGACGUUCCUCUCUAUGGGCCGAACGAACCCAUACAUCCUGGAGCAGGUCUUCACCAGAGAGAAGCUGUUAGAUCGUUCAUCACAGCCUAAAUGA